AUGUCAUCCGAUCAGCCGGCGGCGGCACCACAUCUAACGGGUACUUCAUCGAAAAAUUCGUGUCUUUUUCUCGAUUUUCUCAUCACAAUUCCGCCAAAAACGCGACAACGGCUCCUUCAGAAGCCGUCAUGUGCGUUUUUCAUCUACCGUAUGCUUCCUCCAAUUGCCCAACAAACCACAAUUCAAUUGAUUUGGAAAGGAAGUUUUCCAACAGCUUCAGACGUUGAGGAGACGAAAGAAAUUGAGGAUCAAGUGAAACUUUUGAAAGAUUUAGGUUUAGUACAUCGUCAGACGACGGAUGGGAAGCUUAAUAUUGAUACAGACUACAAGCGAUCCUACAUGUAUGCGGCAAUGCUCGGCGCCGCGCAAAUUUCGAGUUUAGUUUUGGAACCGAAUGAGGGAAAUCGUAGAGGAAAAGAUGUUGAAAAGAAGGCUGUGGAGAGAUGGGAUUGUAUUUUAAGAUACCUAGCUCUUCCAUCCGAAGAAAACACUCAAGCCGUCUCCGAAACCACCAGAAAUUUAUUCAAAAAAGCCAAUUUCACAAGUGGUGGUGAUACACAAAUCGAAAUCACCACUUUUGGUUUUCAAUUUCUCCUUUUAAGCCCUGUCAAACAAAUGUGGACAUAUGUUAUCGAAUAUUUAAAACUAGAAAUGAGCCAAGGACAGGAUAUUGUCGAAGUUAUUGAGCCAUUGAUACAAAUUGUGCUCUUGGCGAAUAGAGUACAAGUUGCAGGAUUCAAAGCCGAACGGGAAUGUUAUCAAAUCGAUGCGAACUGGACGGAGCCACAGAAUGAGCUGCUCAAUCAUUUGAGAGAGCUCGGCGUUAUUUUUAUUAGAAAACGAAAAGACGGAGUAUUCUUUCUAACUCAACUGCUCACCCAUCUGGCCACCAACGAAACAAUCGAUGACGUGUCAGCGGAGAAGGUCUCGAACGGAAAAGUUAUUGUGGAGACAAAUUUCCGAGUGUACGCGUACACUUCGUCACUGCUACAACUCGCGAUUAUCGCCCUGUUCACUGAAAUGACUUAUAGAUUCCAAGACAUGUCUGUCGGAAUGAUUACACGUGAAUCCGUACGAGGAGCCCUGCAACACGGAAUCACCGCCGCUCAGAUCAUCUCGUUCCUCCGUGCCAACGCCCACCCACAAUGCAUCGCCACGUCGGGGCCUGUGAAUUGUCUGCCGAUUACGGUAGCCGAUCAAAUUCGCCUGUGGGAAGACGAACGUCGUCGUAUGAACCUGAAAGACGCCUACAUUUACUCUCAUUUCGAGUCGGAAGACGAAUUUCAUGGUGUCUGUGAGUAUGCUCGACAGCAGAACAUCCUCCUGUGGUCUGAUAAUCAGCAGAAGCUUGUGAUUGUUAAUGAGGAUGGACAUGAGCUCGUCAGGCAGUGGUACAAACGCGAGAAGAGCAAGACUGGAGCAGGAGGAGAAGCCAGCAGCAGCACAUCGAGCGCCUGAAUUUUUAUAUAAUUUAUGAUGAUUUUUUUAUUUUUCUAUUUUUUCUAUUUUCCUAUUUUUUUGUAAUGAUCUCGGUUGGUUAAAAUAAAAGCUAUUUUGUU